UGCAGUUGCCUCUGUUCCCGGUCACCGGUCUCGCUUUCCCUUUCACGCCAUGCCCGCGAAUCGAAACCUUAGCAUUAUUCUCUCUCUAGAUGAGUUCCUCCUUGGAGGCUAGAACUCCCCACUCAGCCUCGCCUGGUUUUGUACUCGCUCACUGUAUAUGCUUCUCUGAUGUUGGUGGUUGGCUAGAAUUUUCCGGCGAGGUUUGAUUAUCAGUCGCCGGUGGCGAGGAUGAUCGGUUUCCUGGUAUGAUGCGGUUGUAGUUCCCUGUUUGUUUACUCAGAAAUGUUAGAUCUAUUCAUCGUGGCUCAUGUUCGAUCUAAAACCUGGUUCCACAAGAGGAAAAAAUUGGCUUCAUUUGGUUAAUUCCUUCCGAUGUUUUCUUCAAAUUUGUAACGCAUGUUAUUGGAUUGCCGAUUGUACAGCUCGUACAGUUAAAUUUUUUUAACAAGAAGUUUCCCUUUCUUUGUUUUCCGUGUUCCUUUGUUGGAUUGUGGGGUUGUACAGUUAGUGUUUGAGAUGACGAGGUUUGGAAGAAAUUGAACUAUCGUUUGUUUCUGGAUUAUAUCUGGCAUUUUGUUGCAUUUUUGGAGGUUUAAAAAAAUGGCGAAAAUGAGCAUGAGUGAGAGCGAUGCCGAGGAAGAAUCGGCACAAGAAGUUCAAGUCCCGACUGAUAUUGAUUGGCAUAUGCUUGAUAAAUCGAAGUUUUUCUUCCUCGGUGCUGCCCUUUUCUCAGGGGUUUCAGCAACUUUGUACCCGAUUGUUGUAUUGAAAACCAGGCAGCAAGUAGCUCAAUCCCGAGUUUCUUGUAUUCAAGCUGCAUUUUCACUUGUCAGGCAUGAGGGUUUCCGAGCAUUGUACAGAGGUUUUGGUACUUCCUUGAUGGGUACAAUUCCAGCUCGAGCACUGUAUAUGGCUGCCCUGGAGAUUACUAAGAGUAAUGUAGGUACUGCCACGGUUAAGUUAGGAUUUGCAGAACCAACUGCAGCUACUAUUGCCAAUGCAGCUGCAGGUUUGAGUGCUGCCAUGGCAGCACAACUUGUGUGGACCCCCGUUGAUGUGGUGAGCCAAAGGUUGAUGGUUCAAGGUGGUUAUAAUUCAAAUAAUUCUAAGGCUUCAGCACAUCUGUAUGUCAAUGGGAUUGAUGCAUUCAGGAAAAUUCUGAUCACUGAUGGUCCCAGAGGUUUGUAUAGGGGGUUUGGGAUAUCUAUUUUGACGUAUGCACCAUCAAAUGCAGUUUGGUGGGCUUCAUACUCGGUUGCACAAAGGCUGAUUUGGAGUGGAAUUGGGUAUUACUGGGGCAAGAGAGAUGAUAAGGUCAGCAAUUUGGCAGCUGAUGUAUUGAGGCCAGAUUCAAAAACCGUAAUGGCAGUUCAGGGAGUCAGUGCAGCAAUGGCUGGUGGCAUGUCUGCCCUAAUUACCAUGCCAUUAGACACAAUCAAGACAAGACUUCAGGUCUUGGAUAGUGAUGAGAAUGGUCGUCGAGGACCAACAGUUAUGCAGACUGCGAGGAAAUUGCUUAAGGAAGGUGGUUGGAUGGCCUGCUACAGAGGGUUAGGACCUCGAUGUGCUUCAAUGUCAAUGUCUGCGACAACAAUGAUCACCACAUACGAGUUUUUAAAACGGCUUUCGACAAAGAAUCAAGACGUUCUGACAAGAUAGAAGAUUUACAACAAAAGAGGAAACAGAAAGAAAAGAGGUUUUUCUCCCUCUCUUCUAUGCCUAACUCCUCAUUUUCUCUCCACUUAUCUCACCUUUCCCACCUUUUUUCCCCCUGGUUUUUCACCUUUACCUGGCCAGCAUGCUGCUUGAUCAAUGUAGGUUAUUGCUGGAUGCUGGUACCUUUACAUAUAUUGUGGAAAUAAAUAUUUCCUUACACCUGUGUUUUUUUUGAGUCUCGGUUUAAACAAUGCAAAUGCUUGGCUGGGGUGUCAAAGUUGGACGAUGUCAAGUCAUGGAUGACUACUGAUGUUAAAAUCUGAUCAUGCAACUUCUGGAGAGUUGUGUCUUUGUUUAAGUUCUGGAUAUCAAUAUUAUAAUUUCAUGUGGAAAAUCAAGAAGCUUGAUCAAGUAGUAUUGCUGCUCUGGAGUUUGAGCCACAAAUCUGGGAUGGGCAACGUACACCCAAGCCCUACGGGUAUUCAGAAGAGUUGCUUGCUUGGAUUUAUGGAUAUUUAAGGGUAUGAUAAUAUGAUAACCACCCUGCUUCACCUGCCUAAACCUGGACUCAGUAAUGUUAUUUAUUUAGGAAGAAAUGCAUAAGCACAUCUUGCACUCAUCUACCACUAGCUAGUAUGAUCUUUAAAAUCCAAAUAAUUGACCUAAUGUUUUGCAAACUUGGGAGUAGACCUUUUCACACCUUUCACAAAUUAUCAUUUGCAAAUCUUUAGAUGCAAACCUAUAAUUUCAAGGGAAAACACAAUCGUUGUUUCUUAUAGUUUUAUUGGAUUUUGAUUUUAAUCCCUAUGUAUUUUCUUUUUUUUUUUUUUAGUGUUUUCAGUCUCUACACUGAAAACACAAACUCUAUAGGGAUCUGAGUAAUAAACAUCACCCAAUCUUGUUGGAACUAUAGGGAUUGCAAACGCUGCAAAAACUAAAGGGAAUAAAAGUAAAAUAUGAUAAAACUAUAAGGAUUUAUGAUUGUAGUUUCCCUAAUUUCAACUAAGAUUAUCAUUAUAUAAUUUCACUUUCUCUUCAACAAUUCCAUUUGCAGUUUCAAACCAAGGCAACUUUUCUUCUAAGAUUCUUCUUGGGAUUUUGAAGCUAGACACGACAAAAAUUUGUCCAAGACAGCCACAAUUUUCAUUUGUUUGCAAUAUUAAUUUCAUACCUUGGUUGGUACAGGCAAGACUUGCUAAGCACCACUUCCUUCUUUAUUUUCUCUCUUUCACAAAAAUCCCGACUUCCAAAUUGGUCUCCAAGUCUUCUAAUAAAAGGGUCUAUUAUCUAAAUUUUGAGGUAGACAGUAGCCAUUUGUAAGUGGGUUGAAGUACGGGAGAGUCUGUCGAUUGUUUUCCUUAUAUUUAUACAUACAUUUAUUGAACUAUCAUAUUAUGGAAAAAGAAAUUAUCCAAAUAGCAUCCUAAAUGUUUUGAAUUAUAUUUAUGAUAGUUAUGAUAUAUAGAUAUAUAUUAUAUUUAUGAUAGUUAUGAUAUAUAGAUAUAUAUUAGCCAAUUAAUUAUAUUAUAUUAUGAAACAUUUUGUAGUGGCCUUAUCAUAUCUGAUUUGUAUGUCUUUUUACAUUUCUGGAAUGUUGAACAGAUUGGUCUUUUAUAUUUAAAUCCAUCACCACAAGUUUUAACUCAAUAACUCAGCAUAGAAUCAUCAUGUAAAAUCUUGAGCAAUUAUUUUUUAUUUUUUAUUUAUUUAUUUUAUAAAUAUAUAUAUAUAUAUAUAUAUAUUUGCUUUGAGCGGGUAAGUCUUGAGAAAUUGCUGAACCAGCGGAAGAGAUGUUUUUAUUAGUUUUCAUGGAGCGCUGGAAAGUAUUCAUUUGUCUGACACGUUAAGAAUCCAUUUGCACGAUUGUAUUUUACUUUGCCUGUUCUCUUGCUAUGUAACAAUGUUAUAUGUUUUGGGGCUAAAAUUAUGAAGUGGGAGGAUUUUGCUUGAUGUAACCUCCUAGAUACAGUACUGCAUUUAGUGUUGACUAUCUUUCUGUUGAUGAGAUAAGGUAACUUCUGUACUAGCAAGCAUAUGCCUUGUUCAUUAAUGUGCUUGAAGGCACAUUCUACCUUGUGAAGGAGAAGAUGGAGAAGCCACUUUUGAAGCUGGAGACAAAACUGUUAAUUUCUGAACAUUCAAGGCUGAUGCAUUGUAAUAAUAUAACUCUAGUGAAAGGGGAAAGCGAGGGCAUAAUGUGGAAAAUUUUCUUUUCAUGUAAUAUUCAGUAUGUAUUUAAUAUUUAUGAUCA